AAAUCAGCGUGUUUUAAGGAUUUUUAAUCAAUUUUGACGUAAUCUUUGACAUUUACAAUAAUUUACAUUGAUUUAUAUGUUGAAUCAGUGAAUAAAAAUAGAUUUACAAUGAAUUUAAGCAUUUUUGCUCAUAAAUAUUCACGUAAAGCCAAUAUUAAUGAUGUAUAUUGCAUGUGCGACCCGAAAUACAAAGAACAACGCAGAGAAUUAACAGAAGAUUUUUAUCGCUUUUCAUUGAGAAAAAUAGUGAUGGAACAAGGAAUUUGCGAUUAAAAGGCAAUGAACUACAAUAUCGCAUACGGAGACGUGUUGAAACAGACGAUAUGCCCUUGAUAACAACAUUUGUUAAGAAAUAUCCCACACUUGUUAAACUUGAUUUGUCUUAUAAUCGCAUUGAUAAUGGCGGAAUGAAAAUCUUAUGCGAUGGUUUUCUUUCCCAGGAGAAUUCUGUAGAGUUUUUAAAUCUAACAGGAUGUGAUAUUCGUUGUGGAGGCAUUCAUUCACUAUGUAAAUGUUGGAAAACGUUAAAAUUGAAGACUUUAAAGUUGACUGGAAAUAAAUUUGGUUCAGAAUGUGGAGAUGAUUUCUACGUUCUACUAACAAAAAACAACACAAUAGAACAAUUAGAUCUGGGAGCUACGGGUCAAACAGUCGCAAGUUUCCCGCAUUUCAUGGCGGCCAUUAGACGAGAUGGCGGAAUGAAUAAAAGUCUAAAAAAUUUAGAUCUAUCUGAUAUUAUUCCACUUUCAAAAGUUAAUCAACCAGAUCCAGGGUUCUUAGCGGAGCAUCUAGGCACUAUGUUUUCACAAAAUAGAACUUUAAAAGAAAUACAUUUACAAAAAUGUGGCAUAGAUGGCCACGCAAUCGAAGCAAUGAUGGGUGGAUUAAUCGAAAACAAAACAUUAAUGCUUUUAGAUUUAGGUUAUAAUAAAAUCAGUAAUUAUGGCGCCGAAAAACUCGCGGAAUAUUUUAUGACUGAACCUCUACUGCAAGGAAUUGUAUUAGCAGGUAAUUCAAUUGGAGAAAUUGGUGCCAGAGCGUUGAGUUUUGGUCUACCAUAUUCAAAGUUACGCUUGAUAGACUUAAAAAACCAAAUAACCGACCAAAGCUUAUGUGAAAUCCUUCUAAGCAUUAAAAAGUACCAAAGAAUACGAAUAUUAUACAUUUUUGGUAAUGAUAUUGGUCCUUUAUCAAAAGAAGUAUUAGAAAGACAGUUCAUGGCUGGAGUCUAUGAACAAUCCCACGUAGAUUUUCAACUUUUCCGUACACCAGAGGGCGUACAAGUCGCAAAACACCAAUCAAACAACUACAAACACUACGUAUACAACCAACUCGAACAAGAUGAAGUCCGCGAGUUAAAAAUCCGCCGCAAUAAAGUCCCUGGACCCUAUUGUGCACAUAACGCCAAAGUAAACUUCGAACACUAUCGUGUUGACAGUAGCCCAUGCGCAUAUGACCCAAUGUACGAACCUCCACCAUACGAUGAAGAAAAACUACGAAAAUUAUGCGCGGAAAGAGAACGUUUAGCUUUACUAGCAGAAGAAUCCAGUGAUUCAUCCAGCUACCAAGCUGUCACUGAAGAAAGCAGUGAUUCCUGCCUUCAUAGAGAAGAAGCAGUAAUUCGUGACAGAGAAUUGUCAACUGUUCAAAGCCUCUUGUCACAGGUACAUUUUGAUACCAGAGAAUCUCACCGGACGUUUAUGGUAACAAGCGAAAAUGACUUAAGUAAAAUCUCGGAUGUUGAUCAAUCUGAGGUGGAUUUUAAAUUAGAACAGGCGGAGGAAGAGAAUGCAGAAAGUCAUUAAUCAAAUUAAAAUGAUUUAAGCAUGUGGCGUGGAAAAUUUAUCUUUAUGGGGUGACGCCAUGUUUUUUUGAAGGUGGGAAGUGGUGAUUGGGUGAGGAUGGUGAGUUAAGAGUAUAAUGCCUUUGUGCACCUGUUGUAAUGUGAUUGGAAGGCAUGGCAGGUAAUAAAAUGGAAGAAAAUGGAAUCUUAUUGGAUAAAAACAUGUUUUUCAUGGAGAUAGACCUAUAAAUACCUAUAAAUUGACUUAAGUUGAAAAAAAUGGAAUUUUAAUUAAAUUGACUUAAAUCAUAACCUAAAAUUAUCAAUUUUUAUGAUUUUAUAACCGAAAAAUUGUUUUCGACUUAUUUCACGACUUAAGUCAGUUGAAGAAAAUUAACCUAAAAUUAUUGAUUUUUAAUAAAAUUAUUACCUAAAAAUUGUUCUGAUGAUUUAAACUUAAAAAUUUAAUUUUUAUUGAAGUGACUUAAGUCAGUUGAAAAAAUUAACCUAAAAUUAUUGAUUUUUAAUAAAAUUAUAACCUAAAAA